AUGUCUGCUCUGAGCGAUCAGCUCCAGGUCCGUUCACCGGACCCUCAGGGUCUCUUAGGGCUGAGUGGCUGUAACCUGUCAGAGAGAAGCUGUGCAGCUCUGUCCUCAGUCCUCAGCUCCCAGUCCUCUAGUACAGUAACACCCUUUAAUACCUGCUGUCUCUCAUCAGACUCCUGUGGACUCUCUCUGGACUCAGACACAGCAAACAGGAACCUCAGACUGUCUGACAACAACAGGACGGUGACACGAGUGAGAGAGGAGCAGCCAUAUCCUGAUCAUCCAGAGAGGUUUGACCUCUGUCCUCAGCUGAUGUGUAGAGAAGCUCUGACUGGUCGCUGUUACUGGGAGGUCGAGUGGAGAGGAGGGGUUUCUAUAUCAGUGACUUACAGAGGAACCAGCAGGAGAGGAGAGAGUGAGGACUGUUGGUUUGGAUGGAAUGAUCAGUCCUGGAAUCUGAACUGCUCUGGUGAUAGUUACUAUGUCAGGCACAAUAAGAGAGAAACACGCACCUCUUCCUCCUCCUCCUCCUUCUUCUCCUCCUCCUCUGGUAGAGUAGCAGUGUAUCUGGAUCAUCCUGCUGGCUCUCUCUCCUUCUACAGAGUCUCCUCUGACACACUGAUCUACCUCCACACCUUCAGAACCACAUUCACUGAACCGCUCAAUGCUGGGUUUUGGAUUGGGUCUGGUUCCUCAGUGUCUCUGUGUCCUCUGCAGGAGUGA